AUGCAACUAUUGAUUACCCCUACUGCACCUGAAGUGUGUGGUAGCGAGAAGCGAAAAUGGCGCGCGAGAAGGUGGCGAGAGGAGCCGGGCCCGCGGUGGGCAGGUGUGAGAGCCGGGCUGGCCCGGCGCAGCACAGCGGAGCAGAGCGCGCGGGCGAGAGCCGCCUCUGAGUCAGGAAGCCGGCGUCCGCACAGACCCGGCCGCGCAGGGGGCGGAGCCUCCGACACGCCGCGGCGGCUUGCGGCCGGGAGGGGCGGCGGCAACGGAGGCGGCCGCGGGGGAGGGGCACGGCGUCGGCGCGUCGCCGGCUGGGCCGCGCCGGUGGCCAGGAGGAGAGACAAGGAGGAGGAGGAGGAGGAGGUGCGUUUGCAUCAGACAUAUGCAAAAAGACCAUCAGUCUGUGGGGGUCAUCAGGUUGUGCUUCAAGAAAACUACUGGGAAGAACAAAUUUUCCUUUGCCACAAAAGUUGCAAUAGAAGUCUGAGUGGGCCAAUGAGUGUUCUCAUCAUUGAGGCAUUCUAUGGAGGCUCCCAUAAACAGCUGGUGGAUUUGCUCCAAGAAGAGUUAGAAGACUGUGUCCUUUAUACCCUUCCAGCAAAGAAAUGGCAUUGGAGAGCGCGGACAGCAGCUUUAUAUUUCUGUCAGAACGUUCCCAGAAGUGAGCAUUACAGGUAAUCAGAGUUCAGGAUGCACUGUCUGCUUGUUUUUUAACAUAUCUGUUGUCAGGAUAUUGCUUCUCUAUUGACAUCUUCAAGAAUUUUUCCAACUAUGGAAUUGUUUGGAGAUUGCAGUGGAUAUUUCUUUAAAGACAGGAGAACAGUGGAGUGUACUUGCACUAUGAGGACACCUGGCCCAUAGAAAAGUGGCCUUAUUUUAGACCCUAUGGUCUUUGCUCAUUUGUCUUGUGAUUUUAUUCUGUGCAUGUAUGUUGCUGUGGGUGACUUUCUUUUGACCUGAGAUGAGAGUUGAUCUUUGGUAAGUUUUUUUUUUUAAAUUUAAAGUUUUAGUUCUCUAACUUCCAGUGCUUUGUAUAGUAGAACACUGUUGUAGUUUUCUUCAUAGUAUCUGCUUGUGCUAGAAUUGAGAAGAUGGAUAUAACCAGUGCCUUUAAAGACUGUUGAGAUAGAGUUAGAUGUAGCAGUGCAAGGGCAACUAGAGUAUGAAAGAUGGAGAAACUGACUGACAUUAACAAACUGAAGGUGACAUUAUAGAGCUGGUAACACUUUAACAAAUUCCCUUCCUUCCUU